CGAGAUGUUCUAGAACGGAUGUCACACACAAGGUUCUGAGUGAACUCAGGUCAUUUUACUGAGACAGACUCAACUGAAUAGACAGCAAAUUUUGAAUCAAGUUCAACCAAACUAAUCCAAAGAGCUGUGGUUGAAAAUCCAACUGUGGAUAACAGCUUCCAACAUGGGAAAUACACCUACAUCUAUUUCCCCUGACUCCAACCUUGAAGAAUUGUACUCCCUCCCCAGAAAAUAUGAGGUUCUGAAACUAUUGGGACAGGGCAACUUUGGAGCAGUACUGAAAUGCUUGGACCAGGACACUAAAAAGACUGUGGCCAUAAAGGUCGCCAAAGUCUAUAGUGAUCUGAAUGAGGAGGCAUCCAUGAUGCGAGUGUUAAUGGACAACAACCUGGACCAGCAGAACAUCGUCAAAUUUUACGGUGGAUUCUGGAUGAACAAAUAUCUGGUGUUCGAGGUGCUGGACAUAAGCCUGAAAAACUAUCUUUGUAAGAGAGAGGCCCCAAUGAGUCUGCAGGACAUCAGAACUGUCAUCCAGCAGCUGGCCACAGCAUUUGAUGCCCUAACAACCAUCGGAGUGAUCCACACUGAUGUGAAAACUACCAACAUCAUGCUGGUGGACCACGUGAGGCAGCCGUUAAAGGUGAAGCUAAUUGACUUCGGUUUGGCUAUUUUCAAAUCUAAAGCCAAGCAUGUCAAGAUUCAUCAGACCCCUUUCUUCAGGUGAGGUCUACAGAAAAUCUGAUCUUUAUUGCGCUGUAGUGUGCUAUUAUUUUGUUUGCAACUGUGCAAUCAGUUGUAGGCUACUUGUAUUCUUAAAACACCACAAAGGUCAGUGAUAUCAUUAAAGACUGUUCUUUGUCAUUCAGAGCUCCAGAAAUAAUGUUGAGACUCCGGUUG